GAUUUCAGCGAGCCCCGGUUAGCUGGGUGCUUGGCCCUCGCUGCCGUUUGCAGAGGGGUCUCCCAAAUCGUCCUGUACACAGAAAACAGGAAACGACAAAAGUUCCUUUUUCGAGCUGGCUUUUGAGGAGUCUCCAGUCAUUCGAGAUACAGUAGUAUUUUUCCCAUUUUUAUUGUUGUGACCUCCCCAGACUCAGGUUGAAACAUGGUAACUUUUUUUUUUAUUUGGUUCCUACUAGAAGUUUGAGAAAAUGAUUAAAUCUUUGGGUCCUAGCAUUUCAUUGCUAGUUAGCCAGGUAGCUGGAGGAGGGAGUUGGUUCCCCCCCCCCACCUUUGUGGUCUCAUACCUCCCUGCCCUUUGGGUAUUAUAUGUAUGGAAUUAUGAUCUGUUGUCCCUCUUUACCCUUAGAAUGGGGCACGACAUGUUAAUACAGACUUCGUGUUUUUCCUUGACAUGUGUGCACGUGUUGCAGGUGUGAGAGGAGACACAACCAUGGUGCAGAAGUACCAGUCACCAGUGCGGGUGUAUAAACACCCCUUCGAAUUAAUUAUGGCUGCCUAUGAGAGGAGGUUCCCUACGUGUCCUUUGAUUCCAAUGUUCGUGGACAGUGACACCGUGAGCGAAUUCAGAAGCGAAGAUGGGGCCAUUCACGUCAUUGAACGGCGCUGCAAGCUGGACAUAGACGCUCCCAGGCUGCUGAAGAAGAUCGCAGGAGUUGAUUAUGUCUAUUUCGUCCAGAAAAACUCACUGAAUUCUCGGGAACGCACUUUGCACAUUGAGGCCCAUAAUGAAACGUUUUCUAACCGGGUCAUCAUUAACGAGCACUGCUGUUACACGGUUCACCCCGAGAAUGAAGACUGGACUUGUUUUGAACAGUCUGCAAGUUUAGAUAUUAAAUCCUUCUUUGGUUUUGAAAGUACAGUGGAAAAAAUUGCAAUGAAACAGUAUACCAGCAACAUUAAGAAAGGGAAAGAAAUCAUCGAAUACUACCUUCGUCAGCUGGAAGAUGAAGGCAUCACGCAUGUCCCCCGCUGGACGCCACCUCCCCUCGGGCCCUCCAAAGAGACAUUGUCAUUGAGCAAGAAUCUAGCAGUGCCCACAGCUGUCAUCGUCCCAGAUGCUACCCUCAAGGAGGGCCUGGGUGGCGAGGCCCUCAGUAACCCGACCGGGGCGCCCGAGCCCGUGGUGGGGACCCCUGACGAUAAACUGGAUGCAGACUACAUCAAGAGGUAUCUGGGUGAUCUGACUCCUCUCCAGGAAAGCUGCCUCAUCAGGCUCCGCCAGUGGCUCCAGGAGACCCACAAGGGCAAGAUCCCUAAGGAUGAGCAUAUUCUUCGGUUCCUACGCGCUCGGGAUUUUAAUAUCGACAAAGCCAGAGAGAUCAUGUGCCAGUCCCUAACAUGGCGGAAGCAGCAUCAGGUAGACUACAUCCUGGACACGUGGACCCCACCGCAGGUCCUUCAGGACUACUACGCGGGAGGCUGGCACCACCAUGACAAAGACGGGCGGCCUCUCUAUGUGCUCAGGCUGGGGCAGAUGGACACCAAAGGCUUGGUGCGAGCCCUCGGGGAGGAGGCCCUGCUGCGAUACGUUCUCUCCAUCAAUGAAGAAGGUCUGAGGCGCUGUGAGGAAAAUACGAAAGUCUUUGGACGACCUAUCAGCUCGUGGACCUGCCUGGUGGACCUGGAAGGGCUGAACAUGCGCCACCUGUGGAGACCGGGGGUCAAAGCCCUGCUGCGGAUCAUCGAGGUGGUGGAAGCCAACUACCCGGAGACGCUGGGCCGCCUCCUCAUCCUCCGUGCCCCCAGAGUCUUCCCAGUCCUCUGGACACUGGUUAGUCCGUUCAUUGAUGACAACACCCGAAGGAAAUUCCUCAUCUAUGCGGGCAAUGACUACCAGGGCCCUGGAGGCCUGCUGGACUACAUCGAUAAAGAGAUCAUUCCAGAUUUCCUGAGUGGGGAGUGCAUGUGCGAAGUGCCAGAGGGUGGACUGGUCCCCAAGUCUCUGUACCGGACUGCAGAGGAGCUGGAGAACGAGGACCUGAAGCUCUGGACGGAGACCAUCUACCAGUCUGCGAGCGUGUUCAAAGGAGCCCCGCACGAGAUUCUCAUUCAGAUUGUGGAGGCCUCCUCGGUGAUCACCUGGGAUUUUGACGUAUGCAAAGGGGACAUUGUCUUUAAUAUCUAUCACUCCAAGCGGGCACCACAGCCUCCCAAAAAGGACUCCCUGGGGGCCCACAGCAUCACCUCUCCCGGCGGGAACAACGUGCAGCUCAUAGACAAAGUGUGGCAACUGGGCCGAGACUACAGCAUGGUGGAGUCGCCUCUGAUCUGCAAGGAAGGCGAAAGCGUGCAGGGCUCCCACGUGACCCGGUGGCCCGGCUUCUACAUCCUGCAGUGGCGGUUCCACAGCACGCCGGCGUGCGCGGCCACCAACCUGCCGCGGGUGGACGACGUGCUGGCCUCGCUGCAGGUCUCCUCCCACAAGUGCAAAGUCAUGUACUACACGGAGGUCCUGGGCUCCGAGGACUUCAGAGGCUCCAUGACCAGCCUGGAGUCGAGCCACAGCGGGUUCUCCCAGCUGAGCGCCGCCACCACCUCGUCCAGCCAGUCGCACUCGAGCUCCAUGAUUUCCAGAUGGCGAUUUUGCUGACAACUUCCAGGAAAAUGCUCCACUCCACAUGUGCCCAGAGAUGUUUCUAGAACUAUGUGAAUUGCAGCCAUGCCCCCAGCCCCAGGCUGAAGAUCUGUCCUUUUUUAAAUUCAUUCAGAAGUGGCACUGUUCUAGCCCCAAAGAGCUGGCUGCUCCUGAGAGUUGGAAGCACUUGACCACUGUGUCUGGCCCCCGGGGUUCUCCUGGGUGCCGCGCCCCGGGGCCCCCUGGCCGCCGGUCCUCCCAGGAGGGGCCCGCAGCCCCGCUGGGGUUCACUGCGCCCGCGUGCUGCCACCCUUUCUCAGUACUAAUGAUUCUGGGCUUCUCCCUCCCGCCAGAGCCUCCACUCCCCUUCCCUCCUCCGCCCAUCGUUGCAUAUCAAAUUCUGUAAAUGUUUUGUAAGCAUAUUACCUCACUCUUGGUAAUACAAUACGGAUAGUCUUUAAAAGAUUUUUUUAUUGUUACAAUAAUAAAUGUGACUGUUUAAGAAA